UGGACUACCCACGCAAUACAAUUACACAACGCAGAAGAAGCAGAGAGGAGGAGCAAGAAGGAGAUCGGCGGCGAUGGAGUACGAGUACCAGUACAGCGGCGGCGGCGGCGACGGCGGCAGCUUGAGCAAGGAGAAGAGGCCUCCGGCGAAGAGGGGCCAGGUCAAGCUCCAGAUGGUGAGGGCGCUGAGCAACCUCGUGUCUCCCAGCGGCGCUGUUGACGGCUCGAAGCAAGCCAAUCGCAACAGCUUCAGAAGGGAAAUAAGCUAGUACAGCUGAGCAAAAUGCAUGGUAGAUGGGUAUGGUGUAUGUGUGUGUGGGGCAAGGUGCUGUUUUCUUCUGAGAAUUUUAGCAAGAUAGUCUCCAGUGGCGGAGCUUGAUGAAGAUUGUUGAGGGGGCUAAUCUGAGUUGAGAGG